AUGACUCUAUCUUUGCUUAUUACAUUGCCGCUUCUCCGGACAGACUCCAAAUUUUCCGAUCUAUGGGAUCUUAUAUCGCAUGCUGAAGCUGAAAACAUUAUCAAUGAUGUGUCCUCAUUGUGUACAGCAUGGAUAGAUGUGAAGUUGACAUCUUCUCAACUCUGUAGAGAAAGCGUGUACAAAAUGUCUCUAAAGCACUUGACCCUCAAGUGUGUCUCUUCGAGAAGAGCUGAAAUCGAGGAGUUCCAAUGGUUCUUCGUGAAUCCCAAUCCUUCGUCUACCAUAAAGAUCUCCUCCGACGAUGGUGCAAUCAACGACAGAGAUUUGAGGAACGUGGAGGUGAGGCUUCUCCCAGAGGCCGCAGUGGUCUCAGUUGGCCGGAGUCCCGAGACUUACGUGGUGGCAUUAAAGGUGAAGGCUCCUCCACCCCCGGCAUGCACUAGCACGACAGCGCCCCUGCUCGAUCCCUCUCGCCUUGCGUCGAUCGAUCUGGUCACUGUGUUGGAUGUCAGCGGAAGCAUGACCGGUGCCAAAUUGCAGAUGCUGAAGCGUGCCAUGCGGCUUGUGAUAUCAUCGCUUGGCUCUUCUGAUCGGCUCUCCAUCAUUGCCUUCUCGGCGUGCUCCAAGAGGUUGUUGCCGCUGAGAAGGAUGACGGCUCAGGGCCAGCGCUCGACGCGGCGAAUCAUCGACCUGCUCGUCGCUGGGCAGGGUACCAGCGUUGGAGAAGCUCUGAGGAAAGCCGCUGAGGUGCUGGAAGAUCGGUGGGAGAGAUCCCGUGGCGAGUAUCAUGCUCCUAUCGGAUAG